AUGCCUGAUAGGAGGGGAUAUACUGAUGCAUUUGUACAAGGAGUAGAUGAUUUUGUGUCCUAUGCAUGUCAAGAAACGAAUGUGUCAAAUGGGAAAAUAAGAUGUCCUUGUUCUAAGUGCAAAAAUUUGAAAUUCUUCCAUUUUGAAGAAGUUAAAGUUCAUCUUUACAAAAAAGGAUUCAUGCCUGAAUAUUGGUAUUGGACAUGUCAUGAAGAAAGUGACCCAACUAUUUGCGUAGAUACUAGUCCUACUAUAUUUAGCUCACAAGAGAGACACCUCAAUAAAUAUAAGAGCAUGGUUUAUGUUGUUGCUGGUUUAGAGUAUGAAAUGGGUCAUGAUCAAGAAAUAGAUGAAUCUCCAAAUAUGGAUGAGUCUCCAAAUAUAGAAGCCCAAAAAUUUUAUGAAUUAUUAGAUGCAGCCCAAAAACCAUUAUGGCCUGGAUGUAAUAAUCACACUGAAUUAUCUUUUGCUGUCAGAUUCUUGACAAUUAAAUUAGAGGGAAACAUGUCUCACAGAUCAUGUGAUCAAACAUUAGCUCUUAUGAAAGAGACCCAUCCUACAGAUAAUAUUAUUCCUAAAGAUUUCUACAGGGUCAAAAAAAUAGUCUCAAAACUUGGUUUAACUGCAAAAAAAAUUGACUGUUGUGUUGAUGAUUGUAUGUUAUUUUACACUAUGGAAGAUAUGCCAUUGAAAGAAUGCAAAUUUUGUCAUAAAACACGUUUUCAAAUGAAAGGUGUUGGUAGGGGUAAAUACAAAGAGGUUCCUAUUAAGAGAAUGCAUUAUUUGCCUCUCAUUCCUAGGCUUAAGAGAUUAUAUGCCUCUAUGAGUUCUGCUCCACAUAUGAGGUGGCAUUAUGAAAAUAGAAGAGAACCUGGGGUGUUGUGUCAUCCGUCUGAUGGUGAAGCUUGGAAACAUUUUGAUAAAAUGUAUUCUGAAUUUGCAUCUGAACCAAGAAAUGUGAGGUUAGCUUUAUCUUCUGAUGGGUUUUCACCUUUCUAUAACUCGACUCCACCUUAUUCUUGUUGGCCGGUAAUUGUCACUCCUUAUAAUCUUCCUCCAGAGUUAUGCAUGACAACUCCCUUUAUGUUUUUGACAUUGAUCAUCCCUGGGCCACAUAGUCCGAAAGGUAAAAUAGAUGUGUAUUUGCAACCAUUGAUUGACGAGUUAAAACAAUUAUGGACUGGAGUGUUGACAUAUGAUAUUUCGAAAAAAGAAAAUUUUAUCAUGAAAGCUGCCUUAAUGUGGACUAUUAGUGAUUUUCUUGCAUAUGGAAUGUUGUCUGGUUGGAGUACAUCGGGGAUAUUAGCAUGUCCAUAUUGUAUGAACCAAUCAAAGGCUUUUAGAUUGAAAAACGGUAGAAAAUUUUCUUGGUUUGAUUCCCAUCGUCAAUUUUUGCCUAUAGACCAUUCAUUUAGAAGAAAUAAGGAUGCAUUUUAUAAAAAUCGAAUUGAAAAGUCUCAACCUCCACACCUUUUGUCUGGGAAUGAAUUAUGGGAACAAAUUUGUCUUUUUCCAAAAGUCACUGAAGUCAGUCCUUGUGUAUGUGAUGAACAUGUGUGGAAUCCUAUAGCUGAAUUAAGUAAGUUUUUUAAGGAUUUGUGCUCUACAAUUUUGAGAGUGGAUGAUUUGUUAUUAAUGGAAAAGAACAUCAUCAUUACAACAUGUAAGUUGGAACGAAUCUUUCCACCUGGAUUUUUCAAUUCCAUGGAGCAUCUACCUAUUCAUUUACCUUAUGAAGCAAGAGUAGGAGGUCCUGUUCAAUAUCGAUGGAUGUAUCCAUUUGAGAGGUACUUGAAUAGGUUGAAACGAAUGGUUAAAAACAAAUCCCAUGUCGAAGGAUCUAUUUGUGAGGCAUACUUAAGCAUGGAGACUUCUCAUUUCUGUUCAUAUUAUUUUGAGCCACAUGUCCAAUCAAUGAGAACUAAAGUUAGUCGAAAUGAUUUUGGAGGUCAAAGUGACAGGAGUCAGAAAACUUUAUCUGUUUUCAAUUAUAUUGGUCGUCCAGCAGGAACUUGUAACAGUCGUUAUUUGGAUGAAAAAGAAUUAGUUGCUGUGCAUUUACAUGUCUUGCUUAAUUGUGAAGAAGUUCAACCAUAUAUUGAAUACUUUGUGCAAUAUUUGGAAGCAUCUAUUCCAAAUAUAAAUCGAACUGAUAUUGAUAGGAGAAUUGCGUCCGAAUUUCCAUUUUGGUUUCGAACAUAUGUUCAUGAUAGAAAUAACUUAGUACAAAAUCAAUAUUUGCAUCACUUGGCAUGGGGCCCUCAAAAAAAGGUUCAUACUUGGCCCAUAUACUUUGUCAAUGGUUUCAAGUUUCACACGGAAGAAUGGAGUAUUGGUAGAAAAACAAUCAAUUGUGGAGUUUGUGUAAAGGAUGAUGGUGAACAAUACUACUAUGGUAUUGUUAAAGAAAUUAUGCAAGUAGAAUACUCAGGAGAACCAACCAAGCAAUUAGUGGUAUUUAACUGUGAGUGGUUUGAUAAUACAAUUAAUCAUGGUAUAAAAGUUCAACCCCAAUAUGGCAUAGUGGAGGUUGUCAUUAAAACCAAACCAAGAUGUACAGUUGAUGAUCGAUAUAUAUUAGAAGUUGCUUACCAAGAAUCAACAACUAAUGUUAAUAUCACAACAAAUGAGGAGCUACUUGUUCAUUUGGUUGAUGGAGAAGAGUAUGAGGAACUAGAUGAAGUAGAUAUGGCAGUUGUUGAUAAUUCAAAAGAAAGUAAGCAAAUUGAAGAGGAAGAAGAGGAAGAAGAGGAAGAAGAAAUUGUUUCUCAAAGUGAAUUUGAGUAUGAUUCUGAAGAUGAUGAAACUCAAAAUAAACUUGAUGAUGAAUUUAAUGGUAGCAAUGAUGAUAGUGAUGAGUAA